AUGUUUCGUAUCCUUCGCUCAUCAUGGGAGGAGCCCUUUGUUAAAUGUUUGCGCUUGAAAUACUCGUCGUUGACAAUUCAACCCAUAACGAAGCCUGAUAUUCACUAUACCUCUAUAUUUAUUAAUAACGAAUGGCGGAACUCCGUUAGCGGAAAAUGCUUUCAGACCAUUAACCCAUCCACCGGUGAACAAAUCUGCGAUGUUUCUUCUGGUGAUAAGGUUGAUAUCGACGAGGCAGUGAAAGCUGCCAAAGAAGCAUUCUCACUUGGCUCUGAAUGGCGUCGUAUGAAUGCUUCAUAUCGUGGACGACUGCUCAAUCGUCUGGCUGACUUGAUCGAACGAGAUAGGGUUUAUUUAGCCUCACUAGAGGCAUUGGACAAUGGAAAACCCUUCUUAGAGGCAUACAAAAGUGACCUAUCACUUGUCCUCAAGUGCUAUCGCUACUACGCUGGUUGGGCUGAUAAAAACCACGGUAAAACUAUCCCAAUCGAUGGGGAUUAUUUUUGUUUCACUCGUCAUGAACCGGUUGGAGUUUGUGGACAGAUCAUUCCAUGGAAUUUCCCCCUUUUGAUGCAAGCAUGGAAACUAGCCCCGGCCCUGGCGAUGGGCAAUACGGUUGUGAUGAAAACCGCCGAACAGACUCCUUUGACUGCGAACUAUGUGGCUCAGUUGAUCAAAGAAGCUGGCUUCCCUCCAGGUGUGGUGAAUAUCGUGCCUGGCUUUGGAGAGACUGCUGGAGCUGCCCUAGUAGCGCAUCCGGAUGUGGACAAAAUUGCUUUCACUGGGUCGACAGGAACAGGACGCCUUGUCGGUGUGAAUGCCUUCCAACAUGGUGUCAAGCGUAUCACAUUGGAAUUGGGCGGCAAGAGUCCUUUACUGGUGUUCAACGAUGCAGACAUGGAACUUGCUGUCCAGACUGCUAACGUUGGGCUGUUUUUGAACCAGGGUCAAUGUUGCUGUGCCUCAUCACGCAUUUUUGUGGAAGAAGGUGUGUAUGACAAGUUCGUAGAGUUCAGCACCGAGUACGCGAAGCAACGUGUGAUAGGUGACCCUUUCGAUGCGAACACCCAGCAGGGUCCACAAGUCGACCAAACUCAGUUCAACACGGUCAUGUCCUACAUCGAAAGUGGAAAGAGUGAGGGUGCCCGAUUAUGCACCGGUGGCGGUCGUGUUGGCUUCUCCGGGUACUACAUCCAGCCGACGGUGUUUGCGGACGUGCGAGAUGAAAUGCGAAUUGCACGCGAAGAAGUGAGUGACCUAUCUCUUUUUGUUAAAUAUUUGCUAAAACAUCCGCCUGGUUCUAAACCGUCACAGGUAUUCUAUACAGACAUUUAUUUGGCCAAUUGUCCUUUGUCAAUCUUCGCUGCAAUAUUCAAUACAGUCGCCUUCAACUUGGUUGCUUUUCUACUUGCGCUGUCCCAUUUAUCCGCGGUGUUCGGUGAUCCUGGCUUGAUGCCUCUUGGUCAGUAUCCCCUGACGCACGAUGGUUCCUUUCAGGAAGGAAUACGCUAA